AUGUCUUUUAUUGCCGAUCUCUGGGACUCUGUUUUCCAGCCGGGCACAACGCCCACGCUCGUUGCAGCCACACACAUCUCAUUUGCGUGUCUGAUCAUCUCCCUGGUGGUGAUGAUUUUCCUGAGUCGAUCCAUCCAUUUUGUCAAUCUGUUGGUGAUAUCGCUGCUUCUUUGGGGAUCUGUGACGUGGUUUAUCGGUGAGAUUGCGCGUGAGAAGGCGAAACUGCAGCAGGAAGGAUCUACUGACAAACAAGACGCUCCAAAGGAACCGUCAGACUCCAAAAAGGAGAAAUAA